CUUAUGAUCCAAAAGGUAAAAUAUUGAAGUCGGGUGGUGAUGACUAGGCUACUUGUCCAUUUCGCAAUCUCAAGUAAGCAAAUGGCUCUCAACCUUCCUUCCCAUAUAAAAAUCAAUCAUUGUAGUAGUCUCCUUCGUCUCCCCUCCACCCCGGUCACUCCACAAGAACAUCACCAUGGUGGGAGGAAGAAGAAGAAGAAACAACCUCCUCCUCCCUCUCCUCCUUCCACUACUGAUUUCCCUCUCCUCCUCCUCCGCCGCGGCGGCCCUGCCGCUGUCCACCAGCUCGCGGUGGAUCGUGGACGAGUCGGGGCAGCGCGUGAAGCUGGCGUGCGCCAACUGGGUGUCCCACCUGGACGCGGUGGUGGCGGAGGGGCUGAGCAAGCAGCCCCUCGGCGCCAUCUCCGCCCGGAUUGCGUCCCUCGGGUUCAACUGCGUCCGCCUGACGUGGCCGCUCUUCCUGGCCACCAACGGCUCUCUUGCCUCGCUCACGGUGCGGCAGUCGUUCCAGCGCCUCGGCCUCGCCGACGCCAUCUCCGGGAUACAGGCCAACAACCCGGACAUCAUCGAUCUCUCGCGGAUCGAAGCUUACCAGGCGGUGGUUUCGAGCCUCGGCGACAACGACGUGAUGGUGAUCCUGGACAACCACAUAAGCAAGCCGGGGUGGUGCUGCAGCUACAACGACGGGAAUGGCUUCUUCGGGGACCAAUACUUCGAUCCCGACCUCUGGAUCCACGGCCUCGCUCGGAUGGCGACGCUCUUCAACGGGGUCGGGAAUGUGGUCGGCAUGAGCUUGAGGAACGAGCUCCGAGGUCCUAGGCAGAACUCCAAGGAUUGGUACAAGUACAUGCAGAGAGGAGCGGAGGCCGUCCACGCAUCGAACCCGGACGUGCUCGUCAUCCUCUCGGGCCUCAGCUACGACAAGGACCUCUCCUUCCUCAACCUCGACGGCCCCAUCAACCUCUCCUUCUCCGGCAAGCUCGUCUUCGAGCUCCACUGGUACGCCUUCUCCGACGGCUCCGCCUGGGCCUCCGGCAACCCCAACCGCGUCUGCGGCCAGGUCGUCGGCAACCUCAUGAGGCUCUCCUUCUUCCUCCUCCAGAAGUGGCCUCUCCUCGUCAGCGAGUUCGGCGUUGACCAGAGGGGCACGAACGCGAAUGACAACAGGUACCUGAACUGCUUCGCCGGGGUCGCUGCCGACCUGGACUUUGACUGGGCGUUGUGGACGCUGGUCGGGAGUUAUUACCUGAGGGAAGGAGUGGUGGGGAUGAACGAGUAUUAUGGGGCUUUGGAUUCGAAUUGGGGCGAGGUCAGGAACUCGAGCUUGUUGCAGAGGUUCCGAGCUCUUCAAGCUCCUCUCAAAGGGCCAGGGCUAUCGGAAACCACUCCACACAAGGUGAUUUUCCAUCCAGCGACGGGUCUCUGCGUCUUGAGGAAGUCUCUGCUUGAGCCUUUGAAGUUGGGUCCCUGCACAGAGUCAGAAGCCUGGAAAUAUACACCUCAAAAGAUUUUGUCCCUGAAGGCGACAUACUUCUGCAUACAAGCAGUUGACGUGGGAAAGUCGGCAAAACUCAGUAUAAUAUGCUCCGGCUCUAACUCGAAAUGGGAUAUUGUUUCAGAGUCGAAGAUGCAUCUCUCAUCUAAUACCAGCAAUGGUGCUAGUGUGUGCUUAGAUGUGGACUCCAAUAACAUCAUUGUCACAAGUUCCUGCAAGUGCUUCGGUAGAGAUAACACAUGCGAUCCGUCUAGCCAAUGGUUCAAGCUUGUUGAGAGUACGAGGAGUUUAAGCACCACGAGAACCUUCGAUUUGCUCAAUUCAAUCUUGGACUUGCCUAGAAAAGGCCUAGGGAGUUUUCUGAGCUUUUGAAGGAAUCAUUACCCGCCGAAUCAAUAGUGAGCUCGAGUAGUCAACAGACUACUCCUUGGAUUAAAGUGACCAUGCGUGUAAGACUCGUAAGGCGGAAGAAAGAAUUCGUUGAUGUGGUAUCUAGAGAUGCCAUGACCUUUAACCUGGGGACGUUGGAAUUUAUUCUUUUCUUGUGAUCGUCUAGUGUUCAGUGCGAGGAAUUAAUAACAGAAGGAAACCCAUUGUGUCUCUAUGCUUUCUACUGGGCUUGUCUGGAAGGGAGGCUAUGGCGACAAAUGAUCGAGGCCUGUUCCGGCUAUGAAGAACGAAGCAAGAUCUUACGACCAGGAAUGGAGUCAUCUUCUAGUUUAGUACAAGUAAAAGUCAUGUAGGUUGCUAGAGCGACACAUUACAAUCCACCCCCAUGAAAUUAAACUGUGAGCUACAUUUGAAUUUCUGUCCAAAAAGAAAGUCAAAAUCUGAUUGCAGGAAUGCAGAUUCGAACAGCACCUGCAUUCAAGAUUGCGCAUUCACGAUUGCAUGAAUGAAAAAUGAUUGCUUUCACGCGUA